CCCUCUCCCCGCUUCCGGCGGCCUGGUGAGUCCUGGCGGGUGGGUAAAUGCACUCGCGCAGAGGGGCCGGUCUGAGUGCGCGCCUGGGCAGAAGGGCCCUAAAGCCAGUGUCCGUGACCCUGUCCCCCGACACCAGCCAGCCUCCGUCUCCUGGACCAGCCCGCCGCCCAGGGAAUGCCAGAGCAGGAUCCCGAGUGACCGGAUAUCGUGAGACCGGCCAGAUGCCAGCGCCGCUUUCCCGAAAGAUCGGACAAAAAAAGCAGCGACUAGCAGAGUCGGAGCAGCAGCAGAGCCCUAAAGAGACACCACCUUCGACUCUGGGCCUCCAGCGGAGCAUCUACUUCUCCAACCCAGAGGACCGCCCUGCCCGGCUAGGACCAGAGUUCUUUGACCAGCCAGCAGUCACCCUGGCCCGUGCAUUUCUGGGACAGGUCCUUGUCCGGCGACUUGCUGAUGGGACAGAACUCCGUGGGCGCAUUGUGGAGACUGAGGCAUACUUGGGGCCAGAAGAUGAAGCUGCUCACUCGAGGGGUGGUCGGCAGACCCCCCGUAACCGGGGCAUGUUCAUGAAACCUGGGACCCUGUAUGUGUACAUCAUCUAUGGCAUGUACUUCUGCUUGAAUAUCUCCAGCCAAGGGGCUGGGGCUUGUGUCCUGCUAAGAGCACUAGAGCCUCUGGAAGGCCUGGAAACCAUGCGGCAGCUUCGUAACAGCCUCCGGAAAAGCACUGUCAGCCGUUCCCUCAAGGACCGUGAGCUUUGUAGUGGUCCCUCCAAGCUGUGCCAGGCCCUAGCCAUUGAUAAGAGCUUUGACCAGCGAGACCUGGCCCAAGAUGAGGCUAUGUGGCUGGAGCAUGGCCCACUGGAGUCCAAUAGCCCUGCUGUGGUGGCAGCAGCCCGCAUAGGCAUUGGUCACGCAGGGGAGUGGACCCAGAAGCCCCUGCGCUUCUAUGUCCAGGGCAGCCCAUGGGUCAGUGUGGUAGAUAGAGUGGCUGAACAAAUGUUAUCAGCCUCAACAAAUGGCCUGCUCUGGUGAGCUUUUUAACUGUUUAAAAGUAGAAUAAAUAUUCUGUUUGUAGUAACUGUCCAGGUCUCAGCCAGAAUUUGUGUGCAUGCAGUUAGUUCUUUAUCCAGGUCAGGAAACCUAGGUAGCCAGUAUGCAGGGGAACGGAGAGAGAGAACCAUCAGUGUGCAAGUAUAUUCAUCUAGGAGCAGGAAUGAGUUACCAAGUGGGUUUUUAGUUCCAUAAGGGGCAGGCUGGGA